AUGGGUGAAGUUCAAGGUGUAAGAAGCAAUCAGUGGGUGCAGGAGAUCAACCAGGAUCUCCAGCUGUUUCCCAACAUCUCCCUGGGCUACAACCUCCAUGACAGUUAUUUCAGCAGAACCAUGACUUUGGAUGCUUUGUUGGAUAUGCUUUCCACCGGAGAAUCAAAUAUUCCGAACUAUAGAUGCGGAAGGCAUACGAGACCCUUACUUGUUUUUGAUGGGUCCAAUACUGACAUUGCCAUCCAGAUAACAAAUAUGAUGGACAUUUCUAAAAUCCCACAGCAUGGCUUGUCUGUGAAAGGAUGGACAAGAUGCCCAGAGAAAGAGAACACAAAAGCUCUGCCCCAAGAAGAGAUUGAAACAAUCCUGUCUCUCGACAGCUACAUCAUUUAUCACUCCAUCUGGAGUGUGGCCAGAGCCUUAAAUGCUGCGUAUUCUUCCAGAUCCAAGAGGAAAGUGAAGGGUGAGAAAGAUCAGUUGACUGUCCAGGAGUUGAAACCAUGGCAGCUUCACCGUUUCAUGCAAAACCUCUUCAAGCUUAAUAAUAAUUCCUUGGAUGGAUUAUAUUUGGAUGAGAGUGGAGAGCUGGCUGCUGAUCUUGACAUCAUAGGUUCAGUCCAGUUUUCCAAUAAGUCAGUUGUCCGGGCAAAAUUUGGGAGCCUAGCAAGGCAAGGAUUGCCAGAAGCCAUGUUUACCAUUGACCAAGAUGCAAUGAUGUUCCCCAAAUGGCUAAAUGAGGUGAAAUGUAGUAGAACAAUCAACAGCUUGUCCUCGGAAGUUCCUCUCCCUGAAUCCAAGUGUGUGGAAAGCUGCCACCCAGGAUUUGUCAAGUUGCCUCGGGAAGGAGAGCCCGCUUGCUGUUACGACUGUGUUCCUUGCGCAAAAGGGACCAUCUCCACUAAUGAAGAUGCAAAAACAUGCACCAAAUGUCCAGAGACUCAGCAUCCAAAUAAGAAACGUGAUCAAUGCAUCCCCAAAGUGAUAACCUUCCUAUCCUACAGAGAACUUCUGGGGAUCAUCUUGGCUUUCUUUGCCCUCUUCUUAUCUUUAGCCACAGUGCUUGUCUUAGCGAUCUUUAUAAAACACUUAGAAACUCCAUUAGUCAAGGCCAACAACCGAGACCUCUCAUAUAUCCUUCUCAUCUCCCUGUUGUUCUCCUUCCUGACUUCCUUCCUCUUCAUUGGCCAGCCAAGGAAAGCCACUUGUCUUCUCCGUCAAAUGGUUUUCAGCAUUGUCUUCUCAACUGCUGUCUCCUCCGUCUUAGCCAAGACAAUUAUGGUAGUGUUGGCCUUCCUGGCCACAAAGCCGGGAAACACCAUGAGGAGGUGGCUGGGGAAGACUCUGGCCAGCUCCCUUGUACUUUCUUGUUCUGGGAUCCAAACUCUCAUUUGCUCCAUCUGGCUAGGAAUCUCUCCCCCCUUCCCUGACUCUGACCUCCACUCCCAGCCUGGAGAGAUCAUCCUGCAAUGCAAUGAAGGGUCUGUUGCCAUGUUCUAUGGAGCCCUGGGCUACAUGGGCUUCCUUGCUGGCAUCUGCUUCACAGUGGCUUUCCUGGCCAGGAAUCUCCCUGGGGCCUUCAAUGAAGCCAAGCUGAUCACCUUCAGCAUGCUGGUCUUCUGCAGUGUCUGGGUGAGUUUUGUGCCUGCUUACCUGAGCACCAAAGGGAAAUACAUGGUGGCUGUGCAGGUCUUCUCCAUCUUGUCCUCUGGUGCUGGUCUGUUGGGCUGCAUCUUCAUUCCCAAGUGCUACAUUAUUAUCUUGAGGCCAGAUCUCAAUACAAAGGAGCAGCUUGCAUUAAAAGUAAAAUAA